GAAACUACACGAGCGAAAGCAGUCGACGCUAAGUAAACAAUCGAAUCUAGGCUUUCAGUUUUUUAGUGAUUUCAAGCCUUAUUUUAAAAGUUAUUAUUACUUAAAACAUUUGCAAUACCAAUUAGAAUGCGACUUUCAAGCAUUUUAUGUGGUUUCAGGAAAAAAAUGCCGCCUGGGAAUAUUUGGGGAGGAAAACAUCGAAUGGUUUAUAAACAUAAUGAAGAAAAUGGAGAACGACUAAGAAAAAGAUUCGCCAUUGAGGAACAAACCAUGUUUUUUUUGAGACAUUCAUUCCUAACUCAGGAAGAAGAAAGUGGCUUUUCUAAAUCUUUGGGAAAACACGAAAAAUGGCUGGCUGAUAAGAUUUACUUAAAACAAAGUAGGCCAUACAAACCUCAUGUAACCCUUGAAGAACGCCUUGAAGGUCCUUUGAUGGCUUCCAAUAAGUGGGAUUGAAUAACAGUUAAUGUUCUUUUGUAUUUAGUGAAUUAAAACAGUAAAAAUCAGA